AUAGCAGCCGAUACUUUGCGCCACAUGCUUCUUGAAAUCGACUGAGUGACAUGCAAUAUACAAACCAACUUGCAAUUGAAUAUUCAUCAGAAUGACCUCUGAAGCAGUCCCAGUUGACCUGACGCUAAUCCACGUCGUGCCUCCUCCUGAGGAGUAUCUCAACAUGACAGAAGAUCCUAGUAAUAGUAGUAGUGCCUAUAGUAACGUCACGGACAGUGACAUGCUCACCACCAUGAAUGGUAGCCACUCAACAGCAGCGCCCAUUGAGAACAUCCAGCCAUGCCUGUAUGUUCUCUAUGCAGACAUUGGUUCGUCCAAUGUACGUAUAUGGGACCUAGCUCUACUCAUUCCCAACACACUAUUCCUGAUCUUCCUCAUAUUCAAAUGCAAGAUUGCCAUCACCAAGCUACGCCAGACCAGUAGUGCAAUCUUCUUUGCCUUCUAUGCUAUGGUGUUGACCGUAGCAAUCAUCAGCGUAGCCAGGGCAGUGGUCUCAAUGAUGGUCAAUGCAUCCACAAUCAGCGGAGAUAUUGCAGAUACGGUGCUGUGGAUUAUCGUCAAGUUUUUCCUGAUCUCCAUCGAGUUGAGUGUCAUCAUAUUUGGCCUGUGCUCCAGCAUUGUAGAGAGUAAAGCAAUCAUCAAGCGAAUCGUGCUAGGAACGUCGGCCAUAGCACUCGCUUACUCAGUCACACAGGGUGUUCUUGAAAUCAAGUUUCCAGACAAGCAUUACAUUGCACCCGACAAGUACGACAUCUACGCCCAUGGCGGUAUGCUGUUCUGGUGCAUAAGCUCGUCGCUAUUUUCUUUGGCGUAUUUCAUCAUCUUGAUUCUGCCUUACACAAAGAUCAAGGACAAAAUACAGCUUCCUGUCAAAAAGUCCUUUUACCUAUACGUGGCAUUCCUGGCCCUUCUGAACCUGGUGCAGGCCAUAGCUAGCGGCCUCGUUUUUGCAGACAAAACACCUGCAGUUUGUGUUGUGGACGUCACAUCUUUUGUAUAUUUCUCCGUGUUUGCGCCGUUAAUCUACCUUACGUUCCUGCACAAAUUCUUUCGGCAACAGAAACAGCCCCUGCUCUUGUCAUAUAACAACCCAGACGAGGCUGAAGAUGAGGUCCAUCGUCUGCCCAGCUCCUACAGUACCUCAGGCAAGGAAGAGCCUAUCAGCAUCAGUCCCACCGUCUACAACAGCACUGAGUUUGGCCACUCGCCUACCAUCACGUUUGGCCCGCUUGUCAUCGGUAACCCGAUGUCAAACAACACGUCUAUACAGGCAACUGUGGAACCAGUGAACAGUAUCAAUUAUGGGGACUAUUGAUAAAGUGAAUGCCGCGGAACGCACAGCCCAUCAGUUAUAAAAGUACGCUGAAACAUAGAAUUU